GAAGACUAUAGAUGGCACGAGGGGUCCACUACCUGGUAUAGCACCAUGAACUGUCGUCGGGAGUGUCUUUCAUAACUUACCGAUUCCGCGCCUUUGCUAUUGUAUAGAUAUAGUGCGAUACCUCCGACGUAAUACUUGGACCUCUGCUUAAUCCGGUCGACCAACGAAGCCCAGCAUCACGAAACCACUUCACUAUGCCUUUCCAGACUGCGCUCACUAAGGCUUUGGGGAUCAAAGUCCCCGUCGUCCAGGGCGGUAUGCAAUGGGUCGGCUACGCUGAAAUGGCCAGCGCAGUAAGCAAUGCAGGAGGUCUCGGCAUAUUGACCGGCCUUACACAACCUACCCCAGAAGACUUGCGCAAGGAGAUCCGCAGGUGUCGCGGCAUGACCAAGAACCCGUUCGGCGUCAACCUCACCCUUCUCCCAUCCAUCAACCCGCCAGACUACAACGCGUAUGCACAGGUCAUCGUGGACGAGGGCGUCAAGAUUGUCGAGACGGCGGGCAACAGCCCAGGCCCGAUCAUCAAGAAGCUAAAGGGAGCAGGCUGCAUCGUCCUACACAAGUGCACAUCCAUCCGUCACGCAAAGUCGGCGGUCAAGCUGGGCGUCGACUUCCUCUCCAUCGACGGCUUCGAAUGCGCCGGACACGUUGGCGAGACGGACAUUACGAACCUGAUUCUGCUGAGCAAGGCACGUCAGGUGCUCGGAGUCCCGUUCAUUGCGUCGGGAGGCUUCUGCGACGGGAACGGGCUGGCUGCGGCCAUGAGCCUGGGCGCAGCGGGUAUCAACAUGGGCACGCGCUUCAUGUGCACCGUGGAGGCGCCCAUCCACGAGAACAUCAAAAAGGCGAUUGUCGACGCUGAGGAGACAGACACAGAGCUCGUGCUGCGACGGUGGCGCAAUACGUCGAGGUUGUUUGGAAACAAGGUUGCCAAGGAGGCGGUCAAGAUCGAGCGCGAGAGCACGACGGGCGAGUUCAAGGAGGUGCAGCCAUACGUUGCUGGCGCGCGAGGUCGGCAAGUUUUCCUGAAUGGCGACCCGGAUUUUGGCGUGUGGACGGCAGGACAAGUCAUCGGACUGAUCCACGACAUUCCAACGUGCGCAGAUCUCUUGAGUCGAAUUGAGCGCGAGGCCGUGGAUGCACUGGCUCGCAGCGCCACGCUGUAUGUGGACGACACGGGCAAGAGUAAGCUGUAGACCGUAGAAUUCAGUUUGAUGGUAAUUUAGACGUAAGCAGGUGCGAUAGAUUUUCCAUCUAUAUCUAUAUACAGCAGCUGUUGGCAAGGAAGGACUAACUAUUAUUACUUCGUAUUGUUGCUACUGAGUGUUGGUGUUGCACUAAGCACUAAUGUAGCAUGCUCGUCUGUCUGCAUCUGCUAUUCUCAUCCCAGGCAUAUUAUUAUUCAUCGUGC